AUGGCUGACGAGUCACCCAGUCAGCCGGUCGAGAGGAUGGAUCCGAUUCCAGAGUCUAGGCCCGCCUCGCCAGUCCAACCGGAACCGACACAUCCACCGGCACGCCGCGAGGGAGAACAUGGGCUGCCACCGGCCCUGAAUAGGACAAGUACUCAGUCAGCCGAGGCAGAGAACACAGGGCCGAGUGCCAAUGCGGAGCGGCAUCCGACUUUCAUGAAUCCGGGGAUGCGGAAGCGGACGACAACAUGGAACUUGAACGGACCAAGUGCCCUUGGAGGGCGACCAGUACGGCGCAGGACGAUACUGCUCGGCAACGGAGCCUCUUCUGCUGUCGAUGUUGGGGGGGAUGACCGGUCUGCGGCUGGUUUCACUCUCGCCGGACCAGGCAACCCGCUCGAGUCUAUCGCGGCAAACCAAGCUUACGUUGACCCUGGAUACACGGACCUCAACCCAGCUUACGAGCAAGCGACGAAUAAUCGCCCGGUCUGGGGUCUUGCGAAGCCCCUCCCUCACGUCGUCCGUCCCGGCAUGAUCCCGACUCAGAGCGAAUUCCGCGAACAAGCCCCUGGGCAGCUGCAGCACGAACAACAAGCACACGAGGAGUUUGACCUGGAGGCUGGCCGCGUCGAGUCGACGAUCAAUCCCCACAAGAUUUCCAGUGCCUUCCAAGCAGCUCAGCAAGACCGAGAGUUCAGACUGCUAAGGACUUACACCGGCCAGAGCAGCUUUGGUGGCUUUUCUGGACGCAAGGCGUCUGUGUCUUCGGGCCAAGGGAGGCACUCGGGGCCUGAGCAGCUCGGGAAGCAAGAAAAGUCUGAUGUUGAACAAACAAAUCAUAGGGCCCGCCGCCAGAGUGUGACCGUAACUGAACUCGCUUCAGUCGCCGAGCAGAAGACGCCUGAUGAGAGGGACCACGCCAACAACCAAGGAUACUUUGGCGGUGGCCCUGUUGAGGCUGUGCAGACCGUGGACAACGACUGGGUCGAAGACGAGCAACUGGAGCCCUACGAUCCGGAGCUCGACGAGAUCCACAACCUCCACACUCACUGGUCCGUCAUCCGUCUGAAGUUCCGCGAGCCACUCGCUGAGCUCCUCGCCGUCGUAUGCCAACUCACUCUCGGCUUCUGCACCAAUCUGGUCAUUGCUUGCUCCAAGGACAGCGCUGGCAAUGCUAUUUCCGCCGCUUGGUCGUGGGGUCUCGCCACCAUGGUGGGCAUCUAUAUUGCUGGUGGCAUCUCCGGUGCGCAUCUCAAUCCAGCAAUGUCAAUCAUGCUGUGGAUCUACCGCGGCUUCCCGCUACGCAAGAUUCCCGUCUACGGCAUCGCCCAAAUCCUCGGUGCUUUCAUAGCGGCGCUCAUCUCCUUCGGUCUCUUCCGCAACAGCAUCGUCGAGCUCGCCAACACCACAGACUUAGCCAGCACCGAUACUGCGUCUGCUUUCCUCACAUCCCCUCGCAACACGUGGAUCGAUCCUGUGACCGCGUUCUUCACCGAGUUCACAGGAACAGCCAUUAUGGCCGUCGCUAUCCUUGCCCUUGGAGAUGACAGCAAUGCGCCCCCUGGUGCCGGUAUGAACGCCCUCAUAAUCGGACUCAUCAGUACUGCUAUCUCUAUGGCCCUUGGCUGGAAUACCGGACUCGCCAUGAACCCUGCCCGUGACAUUGGCCCGCGUCUCGCCCUCCUCGCGCUGGGCUACGGCGCCGAGACCAGCUUCCCCGGGUCGUACUGGUUCUGGGGACCGUGGUGUGGGCCUAUCCUGGGCGCGCUCUUCGGUGCCCUCCUAUACGACGGCGCAAUCUUCGUCGGAGGCGAGUCCCCAGUGAACUACCCGCGAAAGAGGAUCAAGCGUGCAUUCCGCAAGAAGAAGGGCAAGUGGAACAAGCGCUUCCAGGCUGUCACCAGAGGCAUCAAGAUCGGCCGGCCCAAGUACGCCAGCGAUGAUUGGAAGUUUGAGUUCGACGAGGCGCGCUAA